AUGUACUCCCAAUCGGCGCCGGAACAUGUUAUUCAUCACCGUCAAUACGUCCACCGUGAUCGUGAGGGCGCCCAUUUACGUCUUAUGCAAGACUACUUCAACGACAAUCCAACGUAUAGGCCUACAUUUUUCCAACGUCGUUUUCGGAUGCAGAAGGAGCUGUUCUUGCACAUCGUCGAGGCUGUUCAAGGUGAGGAUACUUACUUCCAGAUGAGCCAUGAUGCACGAGGUCAAGACUCUCUCACACCGUUGCAAAAAUGCACGGCGGCUAUUCGCCAAUUAGCCACUGGCGUCAGUGCGGAUACUUUCGACGAGUAUCUCAAGGUUGCCGAGACGACGGGGCGUCUAUGUCUCAAGAAGUUUUGCACGGUUGUCAUCUGGGCUUUCGGAGCCCAUUAUCUUCGCCGUCCAAUGCAGACAGACAUCUAA